CAUCUUCUGGCAACCCUAAGUGUUUGCAAGAAGGAAAGAAAAUUUGUUUCAUGAAAAAAUGGAAUUGAGCAGGAAGUUAAAAGAAAGCGGCUGGUACCUCACAGAGGAUGGUUUAAAAGCUCUGGUCGCCGUUGUGGGCAGUGAAGAUCCUGAGAAAAUUAUUUUGGAGGCACUAAAUAGAGAUAUACGUGAUAUAGGAGGAGGGGCGUUAUCAAGUCAAAAGCGCGAAGACAAUUUCUUACCUGGUCGCGUAGUGCUCCAAGUUCAACGAGUCCGCAAUGUAGCAGCACCCAAGUGCAAUGAGGAGUCAAAGGCGGCACCGCGUCUACUGCAGAUGGACCUUAGCGAUGGUCAGUCCUUGAUACAAGCUGUGGAGCUGGAAUCAGUGCCCAGUCUGAAUCUUAAUGUGGCUCCAGGGACUAAAAUCUAUUUUAAGGCAGAAAAACUGCAACUUCUGCAGGGAUUCCUUCUAUUACGUGCACCGGACCUGCAACUGCUGGGCGGUCGCGUGGAACCUUUGUAUGAAAAAUGGGAUGUGGCCAGAACUAUGUUAAAAUACGCCCGCAGUGGAAGACCCAUAAGUGGGGCAUCAGCUCCACCGCCUUGGGUGGCUUUUGGAAAGAAAAUUGAUACCACAAACGAUAAGAAUUUCAAAAGUCUCAAUCCCAUGGGAGACAAAGACAAGCCAGCCAAGGAGAACGAAGAAUUCAACGCCAUGAGGAGUGAAGCUAUUGCCACAGCCACCAAAGCGGGGGGCAAGAAGGUCUUUGGCGGUGGAGGCCAAAAUAUCGUCGAUCAUAAUAUCAAAAAAAUUUUGGACAAGGGAUACACUGAAGAAGAAGCUCGGAAUGCCCUGCACUCAACUAGGAAUAACUUGGAGCGGGCAUUGUUUAACCUUAAACGACGCAAGGAUGCUGGCAAUUCUGGCGAAAUCCCAACUAAAGGCGCGGUAGGCCGUUUAGAACGUUCCGGUCGGGAGAGCAAGCGUAGUAACAAAGAUGAGGCCGAGGCUGCCAAACCGGCGGCAAAUGCUACUCUCUUCGACUUUCUCACAAAUAAGUUACCGCCGUCUGGUGAAACUCCUUCAAAAAUUGAGACACCAACUGUUUCCAUUUGUACCACCCGCACUAGAAAUUCCGCCACCGUCAGUAGCUUAAAACCACAAUAUUCUACAGAUACUAAAACAACAACGGUUAAUUUGGCGUCGGUAAAUAAGCUUCCCGAGCGUUCUCGGUUCGAAAACAAUGUUUCAAGCAGUUUUGCUGCACAUCAGGGCGGUGGGCAUACAACAUCUUCCCGUGGUGGACGACGCGACAGAGACCGAGAGCGAUUGCCUAGAGGCGGGGAGAAGGAAAGAGCUUCAUCAAAUUCAUAUAACAACACACAUUCACGAAAAUCGGAACCAUUAAAAAGUUCUAGGCCCGAAUUCCCCUCAAAAGUUGAGCCAUACGCAAAAAACGAUUCGGAAAGGCGUCUUAAUAAUAAUCAUCGAGGGGGCUUGUCACGACAAGAAAACGGAAAUAGAAAGCGCCAGCCGAAUAGUAAUAAUGGACCUAGUGUUCCAAGAGCUCAAAAUGCUAGCGAAGAUUUUGCCAACAAGUUGAGUAAAAUCACCGAAGAGACGGCAAAUCUAAAGAUUAAUCCGACCAAAAGAGAGAAUAGGCGAAAGCCGGGCGGUAGUGGAGGCGGUGGAAACUCAUCGAAUCGGCAGCACGUGGAACCACUACAGCUACAAACAUCUCUUCUCAAACCGGAAAAGCCUCAAUCUCAAUUUACACAACGACAACAACCAAAUCCCAGACAAAGUUCCAGUUAUAGUCAAUUGCCUAAUGGUUAUACCUAUGAUCCUAGCAAGAUUAUGGGAUUUCAAAGCAAGGAAACCAAUGAGUUUGCCAUGAGUCUUUUAAAAAGUCAAGGGGUCAGCUUGGCGUCAUCUCCUGCGCCCCAUAUACCUGGUUGCAAUCUUCAACAACCGCCGCUGCCGCAAAAUUUCGGCAUGACGCCAGGUAACGGAUGGCUUUGGAAAUCUGGUGACCUUUGCAUGGCCAAAUAUUGGGAUGAUGGACGCUACUAUGAGGCUGAGAUAACGGCCGUUUCGGAAAAAACUUGUGUGGUCUUCUUCCUCGGCUAUGGCAACCACGAAGAGGUUCUGAAAUCCGAUAUCUUGCCGUUAACAGAUUCACAAAGUCGUCCCUUAAGCAAUAUAUCACAUUCACAGUCAAGAUUUCGGGGUGAUCGUCAAGCUCAGCAGCAACAAGUAUAUGUCCCGCCGCACAAGAGGGAGCAUUAAGGUCUGUUAGACCAUAUAAAACAAAAAAAAAACUGCAAAAUAUUUAUGUAUUCGUCAAUCAAUUGGAAAGAAUGUUUCAAUUCAUUAGCCACAAAGUGAAAGUUUUUCAAUUGAAAUGGUUGAGUCUAAAGAAUCCCAAAUAAAAUAUAUAUAGAAAAACA